AGCGAAAAAAGAACCACGAGAAUCGGGAAAAUUUAACGCAAAAAAAAAGGGAAAGCACUUUCCCUUCGCUGUGUCUGUGUGUAGGUGUGUAGGUGUUUCGCUGUGCGUGAGAGUUUGUGUGUGCGAGUGCCUGAUAACUCGAGCCUGGUGCUGACAUCACUUUCACUGGGAAAGCGAGCUCGAAAAACCAACCUGGAGCUCGGGAAUCUGCCAAUCGAGCCGCACAGCAACAAAAUCAAUUAAACUACCAAUACUGCACGACAACCGCCAGAACAACAAAGCUGCCAAGAGCCAAUUAUCGAGGAAAAGCGGAAGAAACAGCAGAAGGACGAGCCCAUCGCAGCCAACAUGUUCUCCAUGUGCACCAAAGUUAAAUCGCGGAGCGCGGAUCCGGACAUCUCGUUCAUGCACCAUUCGCAGUCGCAGCAGAUGCAGCAGUUGCAGCAACCCCAAGUGAUGGGAACUGGCGGAAAACAAAUCAAGGGAGGCUAUCUACUGCGCUACAAAAAGCAAAUGUUCUGGAACCGCUGGGCGGAAGAAUGGGUGGUGCUGUACGACGACUCGACCAUGGCCUGGUUCACAGAGCCGGGACGCUCCUCUCCGACGGGAAAGAUUCUGGUGAAGGAGGCUCCCGAGAUGCUGGCCAUUGCCCACUGGACCGGCCAGAUACCUCGUCGUCCGCCGUUGCCGGCGGGAGUGAAUGUGUCCCAGUUGAUUGCCCUCGGAUCGCAGCGCAAGCGAUCGAAGGUCUACUGGAUGCUGGCCAAGUCGGAGGAGGAGGUGAGCGACUGGAUCGAUGCGAUUACCAAGACGCUGCCGCCGCCACCUCAAAUCGAGCUGGUGGUGGACAAGCCGCACCUGAUGAACGUGCUCCGACGUCCGCUGGUGCGCAUUAGACCGGCCACCCAGUCGGAGGUUAAGCAGCGCAAGGCGGCGUCCCACGGAGCCAGCGGCAGUAAACACCACCGCUGCUCUACGGCGAUUUCCACGAAGGUGUACCGGCAGAGCCAGGAUCCGCUGGUGAAGAGCGACGCCGCGGUGGCCAUCCUCAGCAAAAAACCGGACUCAAAGGCCUCGCUGGCAUGCGCCCUGCCCUGGGGCCACGGAUGGGGAUGGGCCACACUGCCCAACGGCGUUUGGAGCGGCGGACUCACCUGGUCGCAGUGCGAGGACACCUUCACCCUGCACGCCCUGCCCACUACCCACUGCACCAACCUGAUCGACACCUCCUGCAGCGGGGCAGUGUACCACACCGACAUCGGAGGCUUCGACUUUCACUCCUCGGGCGUUGAUGACAUCGGGGGCGAGGAUUUUGAUUAUGCCAUGGACUGCGGUGAUUUCAUAUUCUAAGCUCCUUAUAUCACAGCAUAUUCAUCCACCCGGCGCGCAGGACCCAUUCCUCCUUGCCGCACAUUUUGUCUUCGAUUGGAGGAAACUCAGCAACUGGUAGUCGGCUGGGUAGUAUUUAAUAUUUAACCGUGCUUUCGUUACCCUCGGAGUUUUAGGUGUUCCUAAAUGUAAGGGAAACCACGCGCUGCGUAUAUGCCCCAUCGUCCUUGUUCCAGUCGGCCUAAUUGGGUUAGGCAGUUACGCUGCAAAUACUU